GGCACCUGCCGAACAAACCCCCCCACGCCCAACGACGAUAAUCACGUCCGAGUUUCCAUCCUCCCGACAGACUCGCGCUUCUCUAUCAGAAAAGAAAGAAUGCCGUCGCAACCCACAAACUCGGGCAUCGUCACCGACGAGGCCAGCGGCGAGCGCGAAAUCCCCCAGUCCGUCCGCGCCGAUGGCAGCACCCGCAAGGCAAUCAAGAUCCGCCCCGGCUACCGCCCCGCGGAAGAUGUCGAGGUUUACAAGAACCGCACCGCCGAGGCCUUCCGCGAGCGUGGCAAGAGGAUCGGCAUCCCCGGCGCCGCGGGGCUAAAGGACGAGAAGACUGAGCAGUCGUCGGCCGCCAGCAACAAGAACGCAAAGAGGCGCGAGGCCCGGAAGAAGGCCAAGGCUGCUACGGAAGGCGACGACGCAGCUGCUGCGGCGCAAGAGUCCAAGCCCGAGGAAGUCGACCCCGAAGUUGAGCGCGAGAAGAAGGCACGCAAUCUUAAGAAGAAGCUGAAGCAGGCCAAGGAGCUCAAGAACAAGAAGGAGGGCGGCGAGGCCUUGCUGCCCGAGCAAAUCGCCAAGGUCAUCAAGAUUAACGAGUUGAUCCGAGAGUUGGAUGCCCUCGGUUUUGAUGCCGAGGGAGAGCCAAAGGCAGCCUCAGAUGCCGCGGCUCCUGCUGAGGGUGAGGACGGCGACAAGGAGUGA